AUGAAGCCAUCUUCUUCCAGCAGCUAUAUUCCUGUUUAGAUGUCUUCAGAUGAAGAGGCCAGUGUCCCAGUGUUGCCUCCAGACUCAACAUAUCGCAGCAACUCUCCUUCCACUGAGCUUCAGGAUGAGUAUGAGGACCUCCUCCAAAGUGCUGUGGCUUCUCCAAGAUUUGAUGCUGCCUCUGCUGCUCGCCUCAGGGGGAUCGGCGCAUCUUCUGAUGAACAGAGUUCCCGUAGAGAUUCACAAAUAGCAGAGAAGGCCAGACAUUCGACUAGUAGAGGUUUGGGAAGCACAGACCGGUUGCAGGAUGCAUCUGAGAGGGGGCAGCAAAGCAAACAAGUUGUCACUGAAACGGAGCUUUUCAUCUCGGAGGAUCAUAUUGGCAAGAUUGAGAACAUUCUGGACACAUGGAAUCAAAAAUUGAAGACCAAUAUUCUGAGAGAGUUGAGGAAGUGGAGGGUGGCCUUUAUAGAGCAACACAGGCGAGAGUUGCAGAAGGAAAGAGAGUUCUUUAUAUCCCAGACUGAGGCCUUUAAGUCGAAGAUCGACAACCUGAAGGACCUGCUGAAAGCCUCUGAGAAUUCUAACAGGAAAAAGGAUGAGAUGAUUAGUAAUCUAUCUGCGGUGAUGGACAGACAAAGACAAAAAAUUGACAAGAUGAGGACCUUCACGCACUGGAGAAUUCAAUACAUUGAGGCUAAAGAAGACGCCCAAUCUUGCCGGGUAGCACAGCAGCACUUCAAUUUGCGUUUGAAGAAGAAGGUGUGGUUAGCAUGGUACCACCUCAUUAAGAAAGAGUGGAAGGACAGGAUGGAAGAGGCAUGCCGUAAAAGAGCUGAGGAAGUGUGCACCCACCUUUCAGAAAAUUAUGAGACGCAGAUAAAGGCGGUGGCUGCAGAGUACAGUGAAUCUCUUGAGACUGCGCAAGCAGAGGUCAAGAGACUGCAGCUUGAACGAGACCGUCGAGAAGUGUGUAUGAGAAAAGCCUUGAUGAGGGGUGUGUGCGCUCUCAACAUGGAAACUCUCCACUUGUUCAAUACCCCAGAUGGAGAACCCCAAGACUCUGAUGGCCAUGAAAACAACUCAUCGCCUGAUGAUGAUCCCGAUGCUGCUGCGUUGGCUUCAACCCAGCCACGUCCACCUCCGUUUGAUGGACCAGGCUCUGCUUCACACCAUGAAAAUGGUGACAGGGUAAGAUGGGUGGGCACCACAGAGCCGGGCAUUCCGGGGGUGGGCGUGGUGGAGCUGGCCACCCUGUGGCCAAGCACCCUGGACCCGGGUACCAUGGAGCUGGGCAGAGGCUUUGGGGUGAUUGCCAUCCAACAAAAAACAAAACAUGUUGCCAAGAGUAGUGUGACACCACCUAUGACUUCCACCAGUUUAGAGUUCCAUCAUGCUGUGCCACAGCAAACUCAUGGUCAGGCUACCGCCUCCAAAUUUCUCCAGUCCUCCCAACAGGCUCCUCACACUACUGGAGGCUGGGCUCCAUCCAGAAUGCACCCCAGCACAUACCCCUCACAGGCUUGGGAUGAGCCUCGCAUUUCAACAUUUGAGCAACACCCUGUUGGUAGCCCAGGCUUUGACCACCCACAGUCUUGUACCCACCAUGAGGAGAGUAGGCUGGGCGUGUGGUACACGAGUGAAGUCUUCCCUUCCACCUCCGCUGGUCACAGUGCAUUCCCACAGGGGGGAAGCUCUAGUUUCCACAAACAGACCUCUGGGCGCGUAGUUACAGCUGGCCAACAGAAAGCGGAGAAAACGGUCAAGGCUCGCAUCACAGCACAACCAUUUAUUGGUAAGAGUAUACGCAACAACCAAAGUAUGGGUGCGGCCGCACCCAUGACCACCAUUGUCAUACAACGCCAUCAACCUAUUACAGAGCACACUAUUGGUCAGGUUUCUACAGCCAAAGGUCCUCGCCCCUCCCAACAGGCUCCCCGCACGCCCACUGUUGUAAAGACCUCCGCCAAAACAAACGCCAACACUUCCAUCAAAGUAGUAGAUUAA